ACAUGCCAAGAGCCGUUAAUCUCUUUUAAGCGUAUUGGAAAGUUCACAUUUGGCCGUAUUAAUCUCUCAUAACGAUAAAGUAGAUCAGAACACGCUAGGUGGAUGUCGAGACCAAAGAAGAAUUUUACCUAAAAGUGGCUGUGCAAAAGGUGCUUUCAUAGAGUUCCUUGGGGAGAUAAACAUUUACCAAUACUCUAGACUAAAACCAUUCAAGACAUUUUGAUUACUCUCAGCCAGUUGCUUGCAUCACCUGCAAAGACCAUUUGACUCUGAUUUCUGUUAUUUUCAUCGCUAAGACCAAUAAUUUUUAUAUCAGAUCUAAAACAACAGAAAUUUAUUUCAAAAGCAGAGACAGUCAAUUUCUAUUUGAAUUUUCGUAAAUUUCCGAAUACUCCGAGAAUAAAGGAUUUUGUUUUUGUAAAGGGUUUCACAAAAACAACCGAAAAUGUCUGUUAUGUACGUUUUCCUCACACAGAUGGGGAAUUAUACGGUACCUGAGUAUCAUCAACCAAUGAUGGAACAGGCUACAGUUGCUUCCAUAGGGUGCUCCUUUGCAGGAACGAUGUUGAUCCAUUUUACAUGGGUCUAUCUAGGUUUGGGUUCUGACAAUUUUUUCAUUUCUGGUAAUUUAGCAACCAUAGUGACAACGGCGCAAGCCGGUUUGAUGGGUUUAGAAAAUACAUACCCAGACAAGGGCUUCUGUAUAGCUGCAACUGUGGCAAUAGUGUUUCUGUUCACAUCAGCAUAUAGUUGGAUGUUUCUUUUUGCUUGUUGGAAAUUAGCAGAUUGUACAAUAGGUGUCCAUGGAAGCAAGCAUUUUCGGCGUAUUAUGUAUAUUAUAGUUGGGUAUGGCGUACCUUGGGCUGGUAUUAUCCCAAUUCUCCUAUAUUAUCCUGAUAAUCUCAUUAAUGGAAAAAUAUGUUGGCUCACAGAAUGGACGCAAUGGAUUUUCAUGGGACCUCUCUACUGUAUACUUGGUUUUAAUCAGUUGGUGAUGCUAUUAUCUCUGUGGAAUCGAUGGAAGAAAGAUUGUGAGAAAGAGGAAAGAAGAUCAAUGAAACAAAAACUAACGAAUCUUGCUGUCACAUUCUUUGGUGAAAUGCAUCUUUUCGGAACUGGCUGGUUGCUUGGUUUGGUUCCACUCACUGGAUAUAGCACACUUCCUUUCGGUUGGGCUUUUAUCCUUAUUGCAGGACCACAGAACUUUUACAUGUUCUUCCUUUACUAUUGCACUCACAAGGACGUUUUGUCAUUACUGGCUUCUCAUUAUGAAGACACAGUCGAAGCCACUUUGGAAGAGAUCAGAAAGAAGAAAGCACAGAGAGGAGGUCGAAGCUCAGAUACAGAAGAAGGUUCUGAUUAAGUGACAGUAAAUCUCAUAGAUUUGUACUUUAUUAGCCAAAGAGGAGAGUAAAAACAAAAAUAAUGGAAACUAAUGUGAUGUCUCAUAUUACCAUACUGAGUUAUAACAACUAUUUCCCCAAGAAUCUAAAAGAAAUAGGGGAAAGAAAAAGAAUAAAUCAAACUAUUUUUGAAGAAAUUUGAUUCCAAAAAUAUUAAAUGCAGCAUUUAAAGUCUGUUUUAAAUGCAUUUUAUUGUCUUGUAUCUGAAUGAGAGUGGCCUAGAAAUUAAUUUUAAAAAAAAAAGUGUUAAAUGUAACUAAUCACACUCUGGAAAGAAAUUUUAAUGUUUGAUUAGUAUUA